AUGCUGGCACUGACAGGCCACGACCUUACGUGGUUGAACCCCGGAAACCAGAGGAGGUCCUCGUUCCAGGGCAGCCCCUACCGGAGCUGCCAUCCGAUGUGGAACACGGUCAAAGGUGGGAUCCGCCGAUCGGGAAAACAGAUCGCCUACCUGAAGUUCUUUAUUUGCGUGGGGGUUCUCCAUGGGCCAUACGGUUCUGGAAAGAAUCGACAAAGCUUCCAGGAGGCGGCGGAAUCCUGGGCAAGGAACUUAUCUUUUGACGAGUUCCAGGAGCUGCAGGAAAACAUGAUUCAGGACGGUGCGCCAGAGGUGAAAGCCAAAACAUGGUUCGGGUCGAUCGCAGCCAUGGAUUGGCUAUGUGGGAACUGGUCAUUACUUUCCGGUAUCAUGGAUUACUUGGUGGAAUUGGAUGAAGCUCGUCUACGGUUGUUCUCAGCGUCUUUGAAGGGGCGCCCUCCCGGGAACGUGUGCAAGUCAUGCAGACCGUCUGCUCGUACCGGGGAACAUAACCGACUAAUCCCUCGACAUCGAAUCCGAAAGAAGACGAAGCUGGGGCACACAACUGGCGAAUACCGAUGGCGACAGAAACAAUACGAAAAGUUUACGACGGCGAUCAAACUCAGUUCCAGAAAUUGGCUGGCCGAAUCCCUGGAGAAUGAAUAUCGGACGCUAUUGCAGAUUUCGAACCAGGAUUUUGCUGCAGCCCAUUCCAUCCUAGCCUCGGCACACGGUGUGCUGCAGAAGGUCCCCGCCAAGGAACUCCAGUUCUCAGUCAGCCAGGAUAUGGUGUUGGUUGGCUUGAUCAGCACCUGCAUUGCCAUCGCCAGUCAUGCUUGGGACGCAGAUGAACUGCGCAAGAUUUACAGACGCAGUCGAGGAAUCGAGACAGCAGAUUUGCGGCGUGUUGAGUGCCUGUGGGCAAAUGUCCUGGGCUAUCUUUUCAGCGAGGACGAGGAGGUUGCGCAGGAAGACAAGAAGCCCUCCAGCAGUGCAAGGGCCGAUCCCGGCGCUGCUCGAUCGGCUCCAAAGACGAAAGGUGAGCUUCUGAUGGAGUUGAAAAGCCAGCACAAGAACACCAUGCGACUGGUAGCAGCUCUACUGCACGAUCGUGACUUGCGCCUGCAGCUUCGUCAGAUCCAGUGGGGUGCCUCGCCGUUGUACGGCGAGUACCGCAGUUUCCUCAGCAACCAGAAGUUGGGGCAGGACGGCUCUGGCAUGGCUUUAGCUAGGGCGUUUCCAGACAUGAGUGUCCUGGACGCACAGGAAUGGCUCCAGGACGAGAAGGAGAACCUGAAAGACUUCUGGAUCUACUUACUGGAGCUUGUGGCCAAGCGAGUUUGGGGUCAGGUCCAACAUGCUGUCCUUUGUCCACAGAUGAUUGCAGGCUCGCUCAGUGCUCAUGCGGCCGCCGCAGAUGCUUGCAUGGACAGCAUGAAAAAGACUUGGGACGCGGUCCUGCGGGCCGAGGAGGUCCAGCUCCACGCAGCAGGACGAAUCACCCCUGCUGCCCGCAAAUCCUUGGGUGCGAUCAUGGGCGACUUGGCUUUCAAUCGUCAAAGCUUCGCCCGGGAAUGCGCAGUGGUUUGCCGCAUGGCAAGCUGGAAUGCCAAGUACAAAGAUGUUCAGGAGUUGGCCCGGUCCAUGUACAGCAAGCCCUUGAACACAAAACACGAUCUUGAAGAUUGCUUUGCCCACUUGGCCUCCGUUCACCAGCUCAGCACCAAGGCUUCCCCCUUCAACAAGUGGACAAGGUUCUUCUACGCGACGAGCAUGCCGAGCACUGCCAACAACAAUGCCGAGUACCACUGGCCGCAGCUGGAAACAUCUUUGCGAGAGCACGCUAGCAUGAAAAAGAAAACGCCGCAGCAGCAGCAAGCUUGCUACGGAAAAGCGUUCAAAGUGGGUGAGCCACUGGAUGCAACGGUGCGUCGUGAGGGCUUCGUCAAGUGCAAGCUGAGCAGCACCAAGAAAGCCGGCAUCAUCAGCAACCAGAAAGCCAGUGCAGCGACGGCUUGGGUGGCAGCGAACCAUCACAAUGACUUCGCAGAUGCUGCGAAUGCAUGGACAGGUUGCUUCUUCACUUUGGGAUGCCUCUACCAGAACAGCCGCAGCAAGGACGUCGUGCUGUGCCUUGGGUUUCGGGAGUACGCUGCCUUGGGUAUUGUGCUCAAAGAAGUCAAAGCUGAAGACAAGGACUUCUAUGUCGUCGAGUCCACGCCGAAUGCAACCGAUGCGCGAUUGCUGCCCACCUGGAUGAUCAACAACGCCGUUGAACAGUCGGAGUGGAUGCACCUGCCAAUGAAGCUCACGCACCCGUGUGCUCUGCCAGCAUCAAUCAGAAAUGAGUUCAGUGUUGCCAUGGCCCGGGUGGGCCCCAAUGAAGGCCUUGUCAAGAGCUCGCUGGAGCAUGGUGUGCUCCUGAGAAAAGAGAUGUAUGAGCACAUGCAUCGAGUGUUCAACUUCGGCACUUUGCCGGCGAAGGGCCAUGGGAGCGGGAAGAAGAAAGGGGUGAUCAAGCUGGACUAUGUGAGGGCAGCAGUGGAGCACUUCUUCCCGACUUGGUCAGCGGAUCAGAAACAUGAUCUGUGCGAACGGCUCAUGGCCAAAAAACUCCCGCAUCUGCGAGCUGCCUGCCCCACCGAAGUUCUGCAGGCGUUCAACGCGCUCUCUGCGGAAGACCAGGCAUCGUUGGGUGCAGUCAAGUUUCUGCAGAAGGACCAGACGGCGAUCAAGGGCAGGGGCAAAGAUGUGGAACCUCGGUCUCUCAGUGAGAAGGUGCACUUCACGCCAGAGGAUCUCAAGGACAUGGUGCCCAACACGCCAGGAAGCUACAUCACACGACACCCGAUCCUCAAGCGCUACCAGGCGUUUUACCCAGUGGACAGUGCAGUGCUUUCCGCCGGCAAAGAGCCCAAAGUGUUCAACAAGUCGAGGGCGUGCACGUGGGAAGGACCUGAGCGGAAGCUCAGCGAAGCGGCUGCCCUUUGGGAGGUGGUCGAGUGGGCUUGGGAUAUGCAUGCUCAGCACCAUCCCAUCGAUGCCGACGUCAAUGUGCUCUUUGGAUAA